AUGUCGGGCAACGUCGGCGUCUACAUCCCCAAAUAUGCGUCUUACAACUGGACGGGCGCACCCUCCGAUUACGAAGCCCUUGCUACCAAUGAACUGGGAGGCGAUUCUCGAACGGAGAACCUGAACAAAUGGUUUCAAUCCGGAGACCAGGCCUUCAUCAUCGUGUCCGCUGCUAUGGUCAUGGUCAUGAUUCCCGGUCUAGCUUUCCUAUACUCUGGUCUUGCCCGUCGAAAGUCGGCUCUCAGCAUGAUUUGGGCCUGUAUGGCUUCGUUCUCCGUCGUCACGUUUCAGUGGUACUUCUGGGGCUACUCCCUCGCCUUCUCACCCACCGCCACCAACGGAUACAUCGGCAACUUGCGCAACUUCGGUCUCAUGAAGACGCUCGCCGACCCCAGCCCGGGAUCUCCACUCAUCCCAAAUCUGCUCUAUGCCUUCUAUCAGAUGCAAUUCUGUGGUGUAACGGCAGCUAUCAUUAUGGGAGCCGUGGCCGAACGAGGUCGUAUGCUACCAGCCAUGGUGUUUGUUUUCAUUUGGGCCACGAUUGUCUACUGCCCAUUGGCAUGUUGGGCCUGGAAUGUGAAUGGGUGGGCGUACAAGUAUGGUGUCUUGGAUUAUGCGGGUGGCGGCCCCGUUGAGAUCGGAUCCGGGUUGUCUGCUUUUGCCUACUCGAUGGUCCUCGGUCGCCGUCAGGAACGGAUGAUGCUCAACUUCCGCCCGCACAACGUGUCGCUUAUCCUGCUGGGUACAGUCUUCCUUUGGUUUGGAUGGUUGGGAUUCAACGGUGGCUCGGCUUUUGGCGCCAACUUGCGUGCCACCAUGGCGUGCUGGAAUACCAAUCUGACUGGAGCGUUCGCGGCCAUGACCUGGGUUUUGCUCGAUUGGCGUCUUGCACGCAAGUGGUCCAUGGUCGGCUGGUGUUCCGGCACUAUCUCCGGCCUCGUCGCAGCUACUCCGGCCUCGGGUUAUAUCCCUCCCUGGGCCAGCGUGAUUCUGGGUGUCGUCACAGGCAUUGUUUGCAACUACUCCACUAAGGUGAAAUAUUGGGUUGGAAUCGAUGACUCCAUGGAUGUGCUUGCUGAGCACGGAAUUGCGGGUGUCGUCGGUUUGAUUUUCAACGCCUUUUUCGCGGAUGAUGCGAUUGUCGGGCUGGACGGAGUCAACACAGGAUCCGGCUCGGGUGGCUGGGUGAUUCACAACUGGAAGCAACUAUACAUUCAAAUCGCUUAUGUCGUCGCCACUUGCUCCUACGCUUUCGUCAUGUCUGCCAUCAUUGCAUACGCCAUCAACGCCAUUCCCGGUCUCAAGCUGCGCGCCUCGGAGGAAGCAGAACUUCUGGGUAUGGACGACGAUCAAUUGGGUGAAUUUGCCUACGAUUACGUGGAAGUCCGCCGUGACUACUUGGCUUGGACCCCCCAGAAGCACGACCAGCUGGAGGAUGGCCACGAGAUCCCUGCUGCAGCGCGGUACGGUAUCGGCGAGCACAGCGAAAUGAUGCUAGACGGACACGCCCCGGUUGGCGUGGACAGUCGUGGCUGUAGCGAAGGCGACUCGGGCAUCCAGGAGAUCAAGAUGGCGCCGGCGCCGCGCCAAGUGGCCGAGCACCACCCGGCGCACGAGCCCGAGCCCAUGGGCGAGCCGGUAGCGGCGAUUCCCAUGCAGGAAAAGAUCGACGCCUGAUGAGCAUCUCGCAUAUUUAUUAUCUGUUUUUCUGUUCUAUUAUGAUAUCCAGCGUCGCCUUGCCCCCGAGCCAGUUUUUGCGGUUGCUUUCCAUUUUCUGUGUAUAAUUUCCGGUGUGGGGAUUACUCUUCGGAUUAUCUUGUUUUUUUUUUACCCCCCUAAACAUGGCGUUAUGUUGGGUCAGCACACCCGCGGGUUCUGUAUACCUCUCUGCUGGGUGCUUUGUAUAUACUAGCUUCUUUAGCUGGCGGGAGGGGUCUCUUCAGUGUUCAGGAUUGAUACCAGCACAAGCAUAGAUUUGAUUAAUUUGACAAAACAUAUAUAAUUCG